AUGGAUGUGAAAUCCAUUGCCAUCAUCGGCGCCGGUUCCGCCGGUCUCGCCGCCGCCAAAUAUCUCCUCGCCGAGAACAAGUUCUCCCGGAUUGUCAUUUACGAGCAGCGCGCCUCGACGGGUGGCGUCUGGAACACAAACUCGCUCCAGCAAGAACCAGGCUUUUCCAUUCCGCGCGCUUCGCCGUCCUCGGCGCACGAGUAUGCCGUCGUAGUAGAGCGUGAUUCCCGCGACGGGCACGCCGCCGCCGACGCCCGCGUGGCACUCGUCUCGCCCGUCUACGACGAUUUAGAGACCAACAUCCCGCACACCCUCAUGCGCUACACGGACCUUGCCUUCCCGGCGGGCACGCCGCUGUUUCCGGCACACGAGACGGUGCUGGCCUACCUGCGGCGGUACGGCCAGGACGUGGAGCACCUGGCGACCUUUGCGACGCAGGUCCGCGACGUGCGCAAGACGGUCGCCGCCGACGACGGGACGAGCGCCUGGAGGGUCGAGGUGCAGGAUAUCAAAUCCGGCGCCGUGUCUGCCGAGCGCUUCGACGCCGUCGUCGUCGCGAGCGGCCACUACAGCGACCCCUUUGUGCCUGACGUGCCCGGCAUCGCCGCGUUUGAGGCCGCGCACCCGGGCGCCAUUGUGCACUCGAAAUUCUACCGGCGACCAGCGCAAUUCACCGGCAAGAAAGUCCUCGUCGUCGGCAACUCCGCCUCCGGCAUCGACAUUAGUCGCCAAAUCGCCACCACUGCCCAGCUUCCCGUGCUCAUCUCCGAAAAGGACGCUCCCGGCACCGACAAUUCCUUGCCCGCCCCCACGACCUGGUCCCGUCACGUCGGCCAGGUCGCCUCCCUACUCCCCGCCACGCGCUCCGUGCGCUUCACCUCGGGCCACGUCGAAAGCAGCAUUGACUCUGUCGUCUUUUGCACCGGCUACCACUACUCCUUUCCUUUUCUUUCCUCCCUCGCCCCCACCGUCCUCGCGCCCGACGGCACCUACGCGGACCACCUGUGGGAGCACAUGCUGUACGUUGCGGACCCGACGCUCGCCUUUCUCGCGGUGCCCAAGCGCGUGGUGCCGUUUCCGCUCGCCGAGGCCCAAGUAGCCGUCAUUGCGCGGCUCUGGGCCGGGAGGCUCACUGUGCCGCCAAAAGAGGAGCGCGAGGCGUGGGUGAGGCGGCGCCGGGAAGAGACGGCGCCGGGUGCGCGCCAUACGCUCGCGUACCCACAGGACGCCGAUUACAUUAAUCGGCUGCAUGCGCUGAGCAAAGGGGCGAGACCGCCCCGCGGGCUGGAGAGGGAGGGCGCGGGCAAGGAGCCGCCGUUUUGGGACGAGGAGACGAGCUGGGUGCGGUCGCAAAUCUUUGCCAUCAAGCUGGCGAGUCGCGAGUUGGGCGAGCGCCGAAAAGAGUGCAAGACGCUCGCGGAUCUCGGAUUUGACUUUCAUGCAGCGAAACAAAGUGGUACAAGUAUAGAAUCAACAUAG